UUCAUCUGGCGUUUAAAACAUUUCUAUAGUGUCAUGCUGGUUCUAUACAUUUCUUAUUGGAAAAAUUCAGUUAAAACACUGAAAAUACAUUAACGGAAGAACAAAAAGCAGCCGUUAAGGGUUAAUGGAAUUCAAAAGAAUGUUGAAGGAGUAAAGAUAUCAUGAAUCUGAUGACAUCAAGAAAUACUUAAGUUAUUGAAAACAAAUCCAUGAUUUUAAGAGCUGAUUGUUGCAAAUACAAUUGCUUCUCCGCGCAUCAAAGCAGACUCUGCGAACGGAAAUGGUUUAACGUUUAAUUAAACAUUUUAAGGACUUCCUUGAAACUGAACUUGAUUUUAUAGAAGUAGAAAAAAGCGGGGCGAAUUUUCUGCCAUUGGAAAAUCGAUCUUAAUCUAGUGAAAAUGUUAAAAACUUUACGGGAAUAAAGCAUCUAAAUUAUUCCAUCUAAAGAAGUGGAAACAUGGAAGGGGAAAAGGUCGAGUAUGACGCCAGAUCCAAGCAGUUCGACAUAUGGGGUCUGAUCAGGCGGUCCAAUCAAACAGACCCUUACAUACUCAUGGCGAAACAUCGGAUGAAUAAAAGUCCUACCAAACGAGCAAAGACCGCUGGCAAGUUGAUUGGCCGACGGCGUCGUCGUGUUUCUACUGCUGAAAGCGUUGACGGCGAUUCCAACAGAAGCGUGGCGAGCCUUGAUAUGUAUGAUGACGGCCCAGAAGAUUUUGAUUUCGAUGCUGAAGAGGAAGUUCAUGACAUGCGCACGCCGACGGAACAUUGCCAGGACAUGUACGUCAAAGCGUGCAAGGAGUAUGGCGUACAUCCGGUAGCAAACUUUCACCACGCACUCAAAACAGACAAAUGCGUGUUACGGCAUCGCCAAAUGACCGCGGAUGAGAUCAAAGCAAUAGCCGUAGCUUUAGUUGGAAAUGGCAGUAUAGAGACACUAGACCUUUCAGACAAUGAUAUGGGCCCAAAGGGUACUGAAUAUCUGGCUGAUGCCCUGCGAGAAAACACUUUCAUUAGAAAUCUGGGCCUGGCAGACAAUAACCUUGGUGCAGAAGGAGUAAAGUGUAUUGUGGAUAUAAUUGUCAAGCAGGAUACUGUUAACAGCCUUAGCAUUGCUGGAAACGGACUCCGGGAGUGUGAUGCCGAGGUCAUUCGUCCAUUGAUUGAGAACACGAUACAUCUAAAGCAUUUGGAUAUUUCACACAACCAGUUACGGGAGGCCGGGGGAGAGAUGAUAGGCGAAGCCCUCCUUUAUAACGACACUAUGGAGAGCUUGGAUCUCAGCUGGAACCAUCUACGCAGAGACGGUGCUUGUUUUAUCGCAGACGGGCUUUCGGAAAACAUUUGUCUGAAAAAGCUGAAUAUUGCCUGGAACGGGUUUUACUUGGACGGGUGCAAAGCGUUAGCUAAGGCGCUCGAAGAAAACAAGACUCUCACAGAACUGGAUCUCACGUGCAAUAGGGUCAGUAAGGAAUGCUUGGAAAAGUUGAUAGGAGGCUUAAAAAGAAAUACAACCCUAGAAAUAUUACGACUUGGGUGGAACCCUAUAACUCCUCAAGGUGCCAUGACGAUACUGGAAUUCCUACGAGACUACAAAUCUUCUGGAAUAAAAGAACUUGAUCUUACGGAUCAGCUUGUAGAGCCAGCGUUUGUUGCUUUGCUUGGUGAAAUAGAAGCGACGAGAGAACUAAAGGUCGUCUUUGGACAGGUCAAAGGUCAAGACACGCGAGGGGACGACGAUGAUGAAAAGCAACUUAUGGAUGAGAAUCCUAUAAUUGUUCUAAUGGAAUUUGGUAAACUCAUGGGAUUCCGCCUUAUGGACCUUUUUGCAGCACUUGACAAGGAUGGCAGCAAAUCACUGGACCAUGAUGAAAUUAGGACAGGAUUAAGGAUGGUCAACAUUCCAUUGAGUGACAAGUGUAUAGAAGUUUUAAUUAACAAACUCGACGUCGAUGGAGAUGGUGAAAUUGACUUCGGAGAGUUAAUGGCAGCACAGACUGAGCAUAGAAAGAAGAUGAGCAAGUUUUACGCGGCCCAGGAAGGCGAUGUUGACAUAGAAGAUACUGAAAUUGGCAGAGUGCGUAUCAAACUUUCACGGCUGAUGGCCAAGAAGAUGUCAGGAAAUCCUGCUUUCAAACGUAGUGUAGAACAAAUGAAACUUUUGUUGCAUGAGCAAGAAGGGCAGCAAAAAUUUGCCGAGAAAAUGACCGAUGGUUUAGCCCAACGUGCGGAAAGGGCUGCUUCGAAAAUUCCAAAUUCGUCCUUUUCCGAAAAGAUGAAAGUAUGGAAACCAAUGAGCACAUAAAUUAAAAGUAAAAAGUACUAGUAAAGAUUUCAAAAUUUGCAAAAUCUCAGAGUGAAAGUAAGACACGAAAAGCUUUCGGGACAUUUAGGAAAAAAACAGACGACAGUGUCUUUGGGUUUUCCUGUUUAGCUCCGAAGUAGCCCUUUACGUACGAAUGUAAGAAAAAAAGAGUUUGUGAAUGAAAAAGGUCCGCUUUUUCUAACUAGUUAUCUACCAUAAAUGAAAGCGAACUUUCAAGCCAAACGUGUUUAUUCUUUUCCAUUUUGAUAACAUUUUUACUGUAAUGAUAUUUACAUGAGCAACAGGCAGCUUUAAUCUGACAUAUCAUGUAUUCCAGCGUAAUUACAAAAGUCAAUUCUCCAAAACUGAUGAGCAAAACUUAAAAUUUGCUCGGCAAGUUUGCUCAAGCUAUCGCAACUUUUAUCUUUCUGAUAACUUGUUUUCUAUUACUUUUUAUGCGUUUCUGUGACUUUUUUACGACAUUGUUCUGUUGCUUAUCAUAACAAAUCUCAUAAAUUAAUUAAUGCUUAUAUACCUUUUUUAAAGAUGACAGAAAUAUUUUAAUUGAUAUGCUAAAUACAUCUUGCCAUUUUGAUUUAUCUCAACUCUAGAAAGAAGUACAUUUUAUGUUUAAGUACUUGGAUACUAUUUUUAGGCUAAACUAAAUAAAUAAUUUGGAAACUCAAAAUCUGAAAAAAUAAUGUAAAACAAUCCUUAGGUCAGGUACAACUUGGACUUUUUAUUGAUUCUAAAACCUAUGCUAAAUAGUUAUAUCUUGGUAGGUAAGAUUAAAUUUUGCGUUUCAGCACACAAAGCUAUUGUAGCAGAGAAGAAAAAGUUCGAAGUUCCUUAUAAUUAUUCUUAAAUAUUUGAAUCUUUUGCUUUCAAAGACACUUCAUUUCUUUUAGAUGUUUUUAUUUCUGUUGUUGCAAAAUCUAUAUAUGUCUGUCUAUAUUAUGCACAUAUCAAAAUAUUAAUUUUGUUUGCUCUUACCAGUUGAUAUUUUCUUUUGUUUUUGCGAGCCUUUUAUAUAUUUGAUUGUUAACAAUAACAUAUUGUUGUUAAGUUGUUAAUGAUGCUUAUUAACAUGUAAACAUGUGCCAAAAUAAAGCGUUUUUCAUAGA